GGGGAAAAAAUGCGAUUUACGCCAAAUGUCCGGGUUUUUUAUAUGUUUGUCCGGGUUUGGCGAAAUUCGAGUUGGCAGCCCUAGCUGCACCCAACAUUGUACCUACGUCCUGUUUCUAUUACAGUUCGAUUCUCUCGUUCGGCCUUGGAGUAUACAUAUAGAACCGUGGUUUGAUGGCUUAUUCCACGUUUCUUAAACAAACUUUGAACUUCUUUGUUCACGAACUCUAAUCCAUUAUCACUUCUGAUACACAAUACUUUGUUUUUGGUUACAUUUUCAGCCUUGUACAAAAAGUUCUCAGUACAUUUCUUAACUUCAUCUUUGCCUUUAACAAAGUACACUGACCAGAAAGAAGACUGAAAGGGACAGGAAGGAGGAAAGACAAAAAGGAGACUGAGUUAGAAAAGUCAUCCUUUAGAUUUACGAAGUAUCUGGAUCCUCCCACGGACGGCACCUCCAUAGGGCCGCACGUAUCUGCGUGUAUUAACUCGCAUGGUUUACUCGUUUUAGGGCCGAUUUUUCAAUUGUCAGAUAAACAAACAGAUAGGGUAUAUUCGAGAGAUAGCGAAGUUGAUGAAUUUUUCAAUGGUCGAGUAAGACCUAUUGGACGAAUAAAUCCUUAUCUGAGGAAUUAAUUUAUUUGCCGCCUUGACCGCCAGGUAAGUACUAUUCGAUUGAUAAUUUGACGCAGAUGACGUUUUAGUUUGAAGUUAUUUCUUGCGCUAUUAACAAUUUAUCAAUUUAUUAUGGAUAUUUUCGAUAAUAUUGAUGACUUGGCUAUCGAAGAAGAGACUUUAAUAAAUGAAUAUAUAAAUCCACCCGAAAGAAAAGAAAGAAUAAUCCGCCCAAGGCCUGAAAGUUAUUUCUUGCGCUAUUAACAAUUUAUUAUGGAUAUUUUCGAUAAUAUUGAUGACUUGGCUAUCGAAGAAGAGACUAUAAUAAAUGAAUAUAUAAAUCCACCCGAAAGAAAAGAAAGAAUAAUCCGCCCAAGGCCUGAUCACUUUAGGAUUUGGGAUUCAAAAGAAUUUCAUCGCAGAUUCAGACUUCGGAAAGAGUCGGUGCAAUAUUUACUUUCCCUAAUUGAAAAUAAAAUCAAGCACCAAACAGAAAGAAAUCAGUGUAUUUCACCCAUGUUGCAGUUAUUAAUUGCACUGCGAUUUUAUGCCACUGGAAGUUUUUACAUAACUGUUGGUGAUUUUGGUGGUAUUCAUAGUUCCACUAUGUGCCGUAUUAUUAAAAAAGUUACUGAAGCUAUAGCAUCUUUAAGAACAAUAUUCAUAAACUUGCCAAGAAGUGACGAAGACAUCAGAAGCACUCAACUAGAAUUUUAUAAAAUAGCCAGAUUCCCUAGAGUAGUAUCGGCUAUAGAUGGCACCCAUAUUAGGAUUCAGUCGCCUGGUGGUAACACUGCAGAAGAAUUCAGGAAUAGAAAAGGAUUCUUUUCGUUUAAUGUUCAAGCAAUGUGUUCAGCAGACUUGAUGUUUCAAGAUAUAGUUGCACGUUGGCCUGGCUCUACCCAUGAUUGCAUGAUAUUUGCCAAUUCACAUGUGAAAUACCACUUUGAGAAUGGUGAAUUUGGCAAUGGAAUUAUACUUGGAGAUAGUGGUUAUGAACUAACUAAUUACCUACUCACUCCUUUUCAAAAUCCAGACACACCAACUAAGACUUUAUAUAAUGAAUCACAAAUUCGAACACGGAAUGUUAUUGAAAGGUGCUUUGGAGUUUGGAAAAGACGGUUUUCAGUCCUAAGUAUAGGAUUAAGGUGUAGGCUGCCGCUUGCACAAGAUGUGAUUGUAGCCUGUGCUGUACUACACAACUUGGCAAGAUCAAAAAAUGAGGAGGAACCUCCAGUGGACCCAGAAUUGCAUAUUCCACCACAGCCUAUAUUUCCACCCGCUAUAGCCGAUUUUACUGGUGAUGAAAGGUGCCAUACUAGGAACUUAAUCUUAAUAAAUUAUUUUCAUGCCUUACCUACUGAAUAAUCUAGGGCAGCCAAGCUCAAUUUUUCAACAGUUUUACUACAUAUAAUCUUUAUAUUCAUUCAAUAGAAAUUUAUGUUUAUCAUAUGUGCAAUUUCUUUUUCAAUUAAUGUUACAUAAUAAAAACAUUGGUAUUUUAUUAAA